AUAGAUAGAUAGAUAGAUAGAUAGAUAGAUAGAUAGAUAGAUAGAUAGAUAGAUAGAUAGAUAGAUAGAUAGAUACUUUGUUUUGUCAGUGUCCACCAACUCUAAUUGUGUUCAUUUUCCCAAGCUGCAAAUCUUCAUUUGUGCCGUGAUGAACUUUUUUUCUUCUUCCAAAUUAGCCCAUUACGUCUGACAUAAACAUCCCAACGUGCCGCCUCUCAUUGGCUGGCCGAGGGGGCACGUGACCCACGCGCCCGUCUGUCUAUUUGACAGCCGCAGGAUGGCCCGGUGCCAGAGGGGGAAAAAGAGACAGAGAGAGGGGAUAGAAAGAAAAAUUAGUAUUCUCCUACUAGCCUCGCUAUAAAUCAAUCAUGGAGUCCUUCGUGGUGAGCUGUAAAUACGCCGAGCCGCAGUUCCCGCCUUGUGAAGAAGAUUACAGUAAUUUUAGUGACCAAGGGGGGUAUUACAACAACCCCCAGGACAGUGGCAAUUACGCGGGGGGCUAUCAGCCUAUGCAGCCCACUCCGCCUGCGUAUGCAUCACAACAAACCGGGUACCAACACUCUGUGCAGGGCCACCGCCGGGAGGAUGCGGAGGAGCGGCCGCAGCACCACACUGCGACCUACCCGCUGUACAGAGAGGCGGACGCGCCCGAGAAGGAGAGGUUCCCCGCAGGCGACCUGCAGUGCCACCAGGCCUGGAUGACCUGCGCCAAGCCCGCUCAGGUGCAGAGGAAAGCGGCCUGCCUGGGCAAGGACAAACCGCCCAUUGUCGUCUACCCCUGGAUGAAGAAAGUCCACGUCGCGCAUGUUAAUCCCAAUCACGUGGGCCCGGAACCGAAGAGGCUGCGCACGGCCUACACGCGCCAGCAGGUCCUCGAGCUCGAGAAGGAGUUCCACUUUAGCCGCUACCUCACGCGCCGCCGCCGGGUAGAGGUGGCCCACGCGCUCUGUCUGUCCGAGCGGCAGGUGAAGGUGUGGUUCCAGAACCGGCGCAUGCGCUGGAAGAAAGACAACAAGCUGCCGAACACCAAAGGAAGGAGCAAAAACAAGAAAGCGACGGACAGCAACAAUAAUAACAGCGACAGCAGCGUGAAGGCUGGGAUCACAGUCUGAAAUGUGGCCAGGUUGCUCCAAAGCUGACUGUCCGGGAACAUUUGAACUGCUUUAAAAAUCUCAUCAACACGAAGCGUUGUGGUGUUAUUUUAUUACUAUUUGUAUUCUGGAUAAUAUUGUUUUGAAGAAGGCUGCAUUAAGCUCCAGCCCCAUAUAUGAAUAAUCAAUGAAUGUAUUCUAGUGACCUUAACGGUUGUAUGGCCUGUCACUCCUUUGAUACAAAACACGAAUUAUCCCCCACCAUAAUAUCCGAUCCGCACUAUAAGCGUGGUGCCAACAUAUGAGAUGUUGAGUCUUUUUUUUUUUUUUUUUUUGGAGAAAACAGGGUUCUUAUUUUUUACAGGGUAAAGAAGCAUAUAUUACAGGGUUUUUUAGAUAGCGACCUAGAAAAGUUGAAAUAGCCUAUAAUUUAUGAGUGUGCACGUUUUCAAAAAGGGUCAGCAAAGCCGGCGCUUAAAGAGGUAGAAUAAACGAGACCAAAAUGCUCAGCGGCUGACCAGCAGGAUCGUUGUGUAAAUAAUGUUUUAGCAUGUUUGCAGGAAAGUAGCCAUAUUGGAAUUAUUAUUCUUUUUUUUUUCUGUUUAAAACUUUGAAUACAGAAUUAAAACGGAUCAUGCUUUUUUACAGGCACGACUCUAUGUUUGACCAGCUAUUGUGACGCACAACUGCGUGUAUUCAACCGAUUCUCUCAGGGUUACACGCACGCGCACGCACGCACGCACACACACACACACACACACACACACACACACACACACACACACACACACACACAAUAUUCCAUUCGUUCAAAUUAAAGCCAAAUUAUUUCUGCUUCCCUUAAAGAAACAGCUUGUUUCCAUUCCACGUUAAUGUGCUAUUACAGCCUAUGUAAGCCAGUACUUAUUUUCAGUUAUUAUUUAGAAGCGUUGUUUUUUUUUUGUUUUGUUUUUUACUCUUUAAGCGACUGUUUGUCUUUGUUCGUUCAUGUACGUCCUUCUUUUUGAAAACCCCCUCUUGUGGAAGAUUUAUAUGUGCAAAUGUUUUUUGAUAAACUAGACGACAAAAAUAAAGAGACAAAAUGUGCGUGUUUUGUGCA